GGUUUGGCCGUGGGGGGGGGGGCAGUGGAGGGCGUGUGGAUAGGGUUGGGUCUUGGAAUAUAGGGACCCUUCAGGGUAAGUCCAUAGAGCUUGUGAAGAUUCUUAGGAAGAGGAGGAUCAACAUUGCGUGUGUUCAAGAGACCAAGUGGGUAGGGUAUAAGGCUAGGGAUGUGGAUGGUUACAAGCUGUGGUACUCUGGGAGCGAGAGGCGUAGGAAUGGAGUUGGCAUCUUAGUAGAUGAAGAGCUUAGAGGGCAGGUAGUAGAGGUGAAGAGGAUCAACGAUAGGUUGAUGACUAUUAAGUUGGUCUUUCGGGGGUUUACCCUGAACGUGUGUAGUGCUUAUGCUCCGCAAGUGGGACCGGGGGGGGGGGGAGGAGAAGAUGCGGUUUUGGGAGGCUUUGGAGGAGGUGGUGAGAGGCGUGCCUAGCUCGGAGAAGAUUGUUGUAGCAGGAGAUUUCAACGGGCACAUCGGGGCGUUACCGGGAGGCUUUGGUGAUGUGCAUGGUGGUUUUGGUUUUGGGGAGAGAAAUGAUGAGGGGUCUACCCUAUUGGAGUUUGCGAGGUCCUUUGGGCUGGUGGUGGUGAACUUGGGCUUCCCGAAGAAGGACGAGCACCUGAUCACCUUUCGAAGCGCGAUAGCCAGGGCCCAGAUUGACUUUUUGUUGCUUAGGAAAAGGGAUAGGGCAUUGUGUAAGGACUGUAAGGUCAUCUCGAGUGAGAAUCUUUCGACCCAGCAUAGGCUCUUGGUUAUGGAUUUGGGUAUAAAGAAGAAUGGAAAGAAGAGGAGUAAGGAGUAUAGACCUAGAAUUAAGUGGGGCGGCCUGACGCCAGUGAAUGCGUGGGAGAUAGGGGAGAAGUUGGCGGGAAUGGGGGUGUGGGAGUGUAGGGGAGACGUGGAUAGUAUGUGGGAUAGGGCGGCUAGGUGCAUCAGGGAGAAUGCAAGUGAGGUGUUGGGUGUUUCUAGGGGCCGGGUGGGCACCAUCGGGGGGAUUGGUGGUGGAAUGAGGAGGUGGAGAAGAAAGUGGGGACCAAGAAAGGGGCGUAUGCUAAGUUGGUGGAGAGUAAGGACGAAGAGGAGAAGCGGGUAAACAGGAAAGAGUACAAGCUAGCGAGGAAGGAGGCUAAGUCAGCAGUCAUGGCAGCUAAGACGGCCGCUUUUGAGAGCUUGUAUGCAGGGUUACAGGGGAAAGGAGGGGAGAAAAAGUUGUUUAGACUCGCUAAGGAUAGGGAGAGGAAGGGUCGUGACCUCGAUCAGGUGAGGUGCAUUAAGGGGGAGGACGGUAGAGUGUUGGUGGAGCACGGCCACAUUAAGAAUAGAUGGCAGUCGUAUUUUCAUAGGCUCUUGAAUGACGAAGGGGAUAGAGCUAUUGUGUUAGGGGAACUGAAGCACUCAGAGGAGUGUCGGGAUUUUAGCUAUUGUAGACGUUUUAAGGUAGAAGAGGUUAGACAGGCUGUUCGCAGGAUGCGAAGGGGUAGGGCGACGGGGCCGGAUGAGAUACCGGUGGAGUUUUGGAAGUUCGUUGGAGAGGCUGGUGUAAGGUGGUUGACUGGAUUGUUUAAUGAAAUCUUCAAGACGGCAAAGAUGCCCGAGGCUUGGAGGUGGAGUACCAUGAUCCCUCUCUAUAAGAAUAAGGGUGACAUCCAGAGUUGCAAUAACUAUAGGGGGAUUAAGUUAUUGAGUCACUCUAUGAAGAUCUGGGAGAGAGUGGUCGAGGUGAGGCUGAGACGGAUAGUGUCUAUUUCGGAAAACCAGUUUGGAUUUAUGACUGGCCGCUCGACGACGGAGGCAAUUCACCUGGUACGGAGGUUGGUGGAAUAGUAUAGGGAAAGGAAGAAGGACCUGCACAUGGUGUUUAUCGACCUAGAGAAGGCUUACGACAAAGUCCCCAGGGAGGUGCUUUGGAGAUGCUUGGAGGUGAGUGGAGUACCGCUGGCAUAUAUCAGAGCAAUUAAGGAUAUGUAUGAUGGAGCGAAAACUCAGGUGAGGACGACGGGAGGAGACUCAGAGCAUUUCACUGUCCUGACAGGAUUGCAUCAGGGAUCUACUCUUAGUCCCUUUUUGUUUGCGUUGGUGAUGGAUGUGUUGACGCGGCGUAUUCAAGGGGAGGUGCCGUGGUGUAUGCUUUUUGCAGAUGAUGUAGUUCUGAUAGAUGAGACUCGAGGGGGUGUGAAUGACAAAUUAGAGGUGUGGAGGCAAACUCUUGAGUCUAAAGGGUUCAGGGUAAGCAGAAGCAAGACAGAGUAUGUGGAAUGCAAGUUUAAUGACGUAAGGCGGGAGAAUGAGGUAGUAGUGAAGCUGGAAUCACAGGAGGUAUGUAAGAGGGAUAGUUUCAAGUAUCUCGGGUCCGUGAUCCAGAGUAACGGUGAGAUUGACGAGGAUGUCUCACACCGUAUUGGGGCGGGAUGGAUGAAGUGGAAGCUCGCGUUGGGGGUGCUGUGUGAUAAGAAGGUGCCGCCCAAGCUUAAAGGCAAAUUCUACAGGGUGGUAGUCCGUUCGGCCAUGUUGUAUGGAGCAGAGUGUUGGCCAGUUAAGAACUCCCACAUCCAAAAAAUGAAGGUGGCAGAAAUGCGGAUGUUGCGCUGGAUGUGUGGGCUGACUAGAUGGGAUAGAGUUCGCAAUGAGACUAUCCGAGAGAAGGUUGGUGUGACUCCAGUGGAGUGCAAGAUGCGGGAAGCCCGAUUGAGAUGGUUUGGACACGUGAAGAGGAGAGGCAUGGAUGCCCCGGUCCGUAGGUGUGAGAGGCUAGCGUUGGAUGGUUUUAGGCGGGGUAGGGGUAGGUCGAAGAAGUACUGGGGUGAGGUGAUUAGGCGGGACAUGGAGCAGUUACAGCUCACCGAGGACAUGACCCUAGAUAGGAAGGUCUGGAGGACGCGGAUUAGGGCAGAGGACUAGGGCCAGUUUGGGUCGCUAGUGUAGGGAAUUACUUAGUGGGGGUUUUAUGAAUGUUAUGAUUCCGUGUUCCAUGUUUUAUUACGAAUCUGUGUGCUUUUCUUUGUUUUAUAUUACUUAUGGGUGCCGUAUUUAUGAUAUGUAAUCUUGUGCUGUGCUUUACUAUGUGUUUGUGUGGUAUCUCGUGCCUUGAGCCGGGGGUAUAUCGGAAACAACCUUUCUACUUCUUUAGAGGUAGAGGUAUGGACUGCGUACAUCUUACCCCCUCCCAGACCCCACUAGGUGGGAAUACACUGGGUUUGUUGUUGUUGUUUAUAAGAAAAAGAUUUUUCAUAUGUAUUGGCAAGAAUUGGUCUUUUAUUGCCUUUCGAAAUACUGAUGGUGACAAUUUCAGGUAAUUUUUUGCUCAAAUUUUUCCUAAUCUUCUUCCAAUUUGUCAAUUUCAUUAGUUGAUGCUUCGUUCCUUCAUUCUUAAUCUCUUUCUUUUGUUGUAUUUUUUUAUUUUUCUUCACACUUAUGUUCUUCAUUCAUAUGAGUGUUUUAAUUUUUAGCAGGCUUCUUCUAAUUGUCUUCUUACUUGCGGAUUUCAUGAUCUGAAAUUUAUUAUUAAUGUCGUAAAUUGUAUCUUUUGUCAGACCCCCCACCAAGUAUAUAAGUUUUUGCAUGCAUUACACAAGUAUCUAAGUUUCAACAUAUUUAUUACAUUGUCAUAAUAAGUAUUGGCUUUAGUUCCCUAUUGUAAUACCCCGUAUUUCCGUAGCUUAAUUUAAGUUUUAGUACAUGAGUAAUCCCAUGUAAAAUUUUUGAAAUACUUAGUAUUUUUCAGUUUAAAGCCUGACAUUGCGUAUGAAAUUUAAUUAGCUUUCCAACGAUAUAAAAUUCGCCCAAAUCCGAUACCCGGGUGAAGAGUUAGAGUCAUUUUAGUGAAACAGUGUACUACCUGGUACUUCAGCGCAUUGUGGAGGCAGUCCAAAUGGCAAUUUUCAUUUCUAGUGAGACAACCUGAUACCAUCGCAUCGCGCCACCAACCAGUUUCCCAAUUAUCACUUUUCCAAUGUUACUCUGCGAUAAUAGCGUGUUGCGUCAAGGCCCUGUUUCCCAUUCAGUAAGGCACCGUGAUGGCGUCGCAUCACGUCAUCAGUCCAAUUCCCAGUUUUCCACUUUCUAGUGAGCCAACGCGAUUGUACCCCAUCGUUCCAGGGUGUAAUUUCAGAAAUUUUUGACGAAAAUCCAAAGUUUCAUCUAGGGUUAAAUUAGUCUUUUCCCAUGAUUUUAUUAAAUCCAGAUAUGGGAUUAAAGCCCUAAAAAUGUUUUAUGUCAUUCAUUAUUCAAUUUUUUCCCAAAAUCAAGAGCUUUCUCUCUACAAUACAAAACCGUAUCUUCAAGAAAACAUGAGCAAUCUUAAGAAAUCCUUCAAAAAACUUCAAGAACUCUUCUUCUCAGGUAUGUUAGGUGUUCAUUCAUGGGUCCCUUUCACCCAUGAAGUCCAAGAAUCCUUUUUAAACAUACAAGAUCUCAGAUUCAUGAUUUUCAUGUUUGAAUUAGAUUGAAUUCAUGUUCAUGAUAUUAGUUGGGUUUCAAUCCAUGAAUUAAUUGCAAGUUUCAUAAAAAUUAAAUAGCAUGUGUGAUGAAUAUGUGAUUAUCUUGAUAAACUCUUGAAUUUACGAAUUGAUUAAUGUAUCAUGUUGUUCAUGUGUUGGCCAUUAUCAUGUAAAUAAUCCAUGCUCCCCAAGUGUUUUCUAAAUUGCCUAUGUGAAGUAAAUAGUGGAAUCAUGACAUAUUAUUAUGUGGUUCCAAUCAUGUACAAGCUUAUGCCCUACACGUGUUUGAUAAAAUGCUUAUGUGAUUUGACUAGUGAAAGCAUGACAUGUUAUUAUGUGAUCCCAUUCAUGUACAAGUUCAUGUAUAUCAAGUGUUUGACAAAAUGUCUAAAGGAGUGUAUUGUUAGCAAGCAAGUAUUGUUAUGCCUUUAUGAUCAUGUUAUGUCUUUUUUAUGCUAUCGAGUCCUGGGCGUAUUUAAUACCCGACAAUUUAGCUGUUUACCUAGAGCCAGUGUCAGUUAUAGAAUAGUAUUAGUUAUGUCACAAUCAGUAGAACUCAGUCAUGUACUGACCGCAUACUCUUUCUUUGCAUUAUGAUGUCUUUUUCCAUGUUGUAAUUUCUUAUUCAGAUAUCUCAUUCGGACCAUGCCAAGAUUUCUUUGCUCCGUAAGAAUUUGGUAGGGCGUGAAUGCCACGAAGCUUGGGGGGGUACAGUUACAGAUCCAAACAAAGCAAUGGAACACAUAAUUAGUCACCUUAGCAGAAAGGAAAAAGCAAAAGUUCAAAAGGCAGAGAAGAACAACGAGAUUGACAUAGAGGAUGAAAAUUUAUCUUUAGAUUCUGCAAGAAACUCCUUUUCUCAAGCUCUUAAAGUGACUAGAGACUCAAUUUUUUCAAAGUCAAGAUCGGAGGUUUGGGUCGGGAUCUCUAUUGAAGAAACCAGACAGGCGAAGACCUGCUUCAUUAGAUCUAAACAAUGAUGUGGUAAACACCUGUCAUUAUUCUUCUCCGCGUUUUGGAGUCAUGAAGAAGAAUCCCAUUACGACUAGCCGAGUUGCUACAUUUCCAAGUCCAAGAACACCAAAUUAUCGUCAUUCCAAUGUUGGGAUUCAAAAAAGGUGGAGUUCAGAACGUGUGCAAUUGCAUCCCGCUGCUAAUAGGAGGCAAUUAAAUACUGCAUUGCUGCCUCAGAAUAAUGGAAGGGCAUUACCUUCCAAAUAGGAAUAUGCAGAGAGGCGGAUUUUUAGCCCGGUCUCGAGAGAUGGUUCUAUUAGAAAUUCAUUACAGCAACAGCAGUGGCGGCCUUAAUCCAAAAUCGGGCCUCUUGGUCCUCCUGGUCUAGCUUACUAAUCAUUGUAUUCUCCUGCACUACCUAUUUUUUAAGGGAGGAAAUGGUGGUAAUCUGUUAGCCAAUUCCCCCUUUUCAACCAGAGUGAUAAUAAAUGAUGGUUUGUCAAUUCAAAGUGGAGGCAGCUAGGGCAGUGAAAACUUUUAUGCUCUAACAGAACCAUGCAUGGCAAGGUCCGUUAGCGUGCAUGGAUGCUCUGAACUAGUCUUUUUAUCGACCUUGCCUAUUUCCCAAGGUACUGAUUUUUCUUUCCCGUUGACUGCUUGUUUGCUUAAUGUAAAUAAUAUGUUACCUUACUAUUUAUUGCACAUUGAUUUGCGUUGCAGCAUCAUAAUAGUAAAAUAUAGCAUUCUUUUAGACGAUAAUUCCUAGAAGAAAGAGGUAAUAUGCAAGAAGAUUACAAAUAGAGCCCAUUGGUUAAUUGGUUGCAAUACUUGAUUGUUCCUUUGGAAGAUUGAGACCUACAUUUCCACUAUUAAAAGCACAGCUUACUUAUAAGGGAUCUACCAAAAUGGUUAACCAGCUUCUUGGUUGGAGAUUUGAUGUCGCUGAAAGUGCACCCAUUUUCAUCACACUGUCAAGAAAAGUGACCAGAAAGAAAGAAACAAAUGUUCAUUUUCUCUUAUCAUUGAAGAAGUUUAGUAGUUAGAUAUAUGAUCAAGCUCAACUCAAAUCCCUUGAAUAUUUGCUACAAAUUAUUGUAGCUUUUUAUGCGCAAAUAUUAUUAUAGUUAUAUAUGUUUA